AUGAAGCCAGCAGCCAGCAGCACCAGCAGCCCCAGCAGCCAGCAGCCAGCAGCCAGCAGCCAGCAGCCAGCGCACAAUGAUGGCUCUUGUCAUGGGUUUCUGGCUCGCUUGACCACACCUGGGAAGGACAGGAGGGCUGCUGGACACCCAGCUGGUCUGUGGAGACAACAACGCCCAAGGAGAGCCAGAGCCAGGGGUUCAACACAGCAGGAGGAGGUGGGAGACAGCAAGUCCCUGGCCUACAACAACCAGAUACAGGAAGUGACAUCAGAACCCAGUAUAGGGGAAGGCCAACCGCAAAAUACAAGGAGGCGGGCCUCCGAGGUAACCAGGAGACGUCUGCAGCACGGAGGAGGGGGGCCGACAGAGAAUGGAGGGCCAGAGGAUGGCAACGGAUCUACGACAAGACUGGGGGACUUUAAACUCAAGUGGUCCGAGACCAAAUCUCCUGUCUCCUACUACAAUUUCAAAGAAGGUAAACAGCUUCUGUACCAGAUCCCCAACAACAAGGUGCUGACCACUAACAUCGUCCUCCUUAGCAACCUAAGGGAGUAUGAUUGCAUCAGCAGCAAGGUCAACCACAGUCCAGGACUGAGGAGGUUGAAAAUUGAGGAGUUUUCCCCCGCUACCUUCCACAUGGAAGUGAGGGAUGAGAGAGAGGUUUUCUUUGCCCAGAGGGAAGCAGGGGCGGGCAUCUUCCUCCUGAAGAACCAGGUUGAUAUCUCAGCCUUUAGACUCAAGCUGCAGAACAUCGCAGAGAGUCAAUGCAACAGGAAGCUGCGUUUUCGCCUGCCCCAGGCAUGCAUCGUGCAGCGGUAUGUCCAGAACACUCUGCUCCUGAAGGCGAGAAAGUUUGACGUGUGCUUUUAUUUCCUCAUUGCCUGCGCCACACUCACACACCUGUUCUUUCACCAUGGUUACCUGCAUUCCUGUGACCUUUAUGACCCCAACUCCCACAACAGCUCUUCCCAUUUGACCAAUCAGUACAAGCAGAAGAAAAACCCUCUGUACAGUGUGCUGAAGGAGGAGACCGUCUGGUUCAUGGACUGA